UUGACGACGAAUUCUCCUCGCCCAAUUUUACCCACAUUAUCAGCUCUAUCCCUCCUUUCCGGCAUCUGGCUACUGGGACUUGCUGUGUAUGUCUGUUGCGGUCUUCAUAAGAUCCCCCUUUGGCUUUCACGGCAGGCGUUGGGUGUGAAUAUCCUGUCCAGACGCGUCUGGCUGCUGCCUCAACAACCCAAUCUGAGAAAAGCCGCUGUUGACUUUCCCGGCGGUAGAGACGAACCGGGGUCUCUGGUUGAUCGCGCCCCCCGAGACAUAUACAUAUAGAUAUACAGAUAUACAGCAGACAGCCGACGGCAGAGCAGCAGAGCAGUGGAAACUAUGACAGUCGAAGACGGGAGCCAGAAUGAAUAUGAGGAGAACGGCCUCACGGGACCUGGGGCACCCACGCCCCUGACUGCGUUGGAGGGAAUGAAUGGCCUGACUGCGCGAGAUAUUAAGCUGGUGAUUGAGGGUGGGUAUCAUACUAUUGAGUCGGUGGCGUAUACGCCGAAGCGCGCGCUAGAGCAGAUAAAAGGUAUAUCCGAACAGAAAGCGGCCAAGAUUCUUGCGGAGGCUUCGAGAAUCGUACCCAUGGGUUUCACAACGGCGACUGAAAUGCAUGCUCGACGGAACGACUUGAUAUGCAUAACAACAGGAUCAAAGCAAUUGGAUACUUUACUGGCCGGUGGCAUCGAGACGGGAUCCAUUACUGAGAUUUUCGGGGAAUUCAGAACGGGAAAGAGUCAGAUUUGCCAUACCCUGGCAGUAACUUGCCAACUACCUUUUGACAUGGGUGGCGGAGAGGGGAAAUGCCUAUAUAUUGAUACGGAGGGCACAUUCCGUCCGGUGCGACUACUUGCUGUCGCUCAGCGUUAUGGACUCGUUGGCGAAGAGGUGCUCGAUAACAUCGCAUAUGCCAGAGCUUACAAUUCUGACCACCAGCUGCAGCUACUGAACCAAGCGUCUCAGAUGAUGUGCGAAACGCGAUUUUCCCUCCUCAUCGUUGACUCGGCUACAGCUCUCUAUCGGACGGACUUCAGUGGUCGAGGCGAGCUAGCGAACCGGCAAAACCACCUUGCCAAGUUCAUGCGGAAGCUGCGGACUCUUGCUGAUGAGUUUGGCAUUGCGGUUGUCAUCACGAACCAGGUGGUUGCGCAAGUAGAUGGCGGGCCAAGUGCUAUGUUCAACCCAGACCCGAAGAAGCCGAUUGGAGGCAAUAUUAUUGCGCAUGCUAGCACGACGAGAUUGAGUUUGAGGAAGGGCCGCGGGGAGACUCGGAUUUGCAAGAUUUAUGAUAGCCCCUGUCUUCCGGAGAGUGAUUGUCUGUUUGCGAUCAAUGAGGAUGGGAUUGGGGAUCCGAAUCCGAAGGAUUUGGAGAAGGAUUGACGGAUCGGAUUGGCCUGGGUGGUGGGCGGUGGAUGGUGAAGUAUGGCCGGGAGCUGCUUGAUAUUUUCGGCUAUAUCUUCCCUUUUACCCUUGUCGGAUUCUAAGCAUUUUACUUUUCUUUUCUAUUUGUUUGCUUAUGGCAUUGCGCAACUCGGGACUGGCGUCUGGAGGGAAGACAAGGAAGGGAGAGAAUGGGAUUUAUUUUAUUUUUAUUUUUAUUUUUAUUUUAUUUUUAUUUUUUAUUUUUUAUUUAUUUUUGUUAAUGUCUUAUGUGUUCAUGCCGAUUAAUUAACAGAGUCCCAAGUUGUUUGUCGGGUCUGUUUUUUGAGCUCGAAAACAAUGCAAUUGGUGCUAUAGAAAUAUUUUUUAGAUGAGCCUUUCUUAUAUUAAGAGCAUA